AUGGUAAUGAAGUUUGAAGGAAGUCAGAAGCACAUCUGUGAGGGAGAUGAAAUAUUCCAAAAAAUGAUUGUGUCUUCCGCUAAAGUGUGUGGGUUUACCGAUGAAUCAGAAACUGUCCGUAGGCUCCGUUUGCUGGUCGCCAAUAAAGAUUUUACUUUCAAAGCUGGCCACUGGGUUGAUUUCUUUAUUCCUGGUGUUCCCAUGGCUGGUAGAUUCUUGAUUUGUUCAAGCCCGAGCCUGUUAAAACAAGAAAGUAUUUUGGAAUUAGCAGUGAAAUAUACCAACCAUCCUCCCUCUCUCUGGGUCCAUACCAAGUGUACUCUGGGGUCUGAAGUGGCCCUUCAAGGUGGUGGAGAAUUCUUUUUUGACCCUCAGCCUUCAGAUUCUUCUGUGAACCUGGUGCUCAUAGCUGGUGGAAUGGGGAUCAACCCUCUCAAUUCUGUUGUGCUGCAUGUAGCUGAUCUUUACAGACAUGGAGAGAACAAAGGAACUGGUUAUGAGAUGGAAAGAGUCAGACUGUUGUACAGUGCAAAAAAUACUAGCGAGUUGUUUAAGAAAAGCAUUUUCAAUUUAACAAAUGUAUUUCCUGGGAAAAUCAUGUGCAGUUUCUAUGUUACACAACAGACUACAGAAAUCAGUGAAGAGCUUCUACCAUAUGUUACUGAGGGAAGGAUCCCUGACAAAGAUAUCAAGGAGCACAUCUCCAAGGACACUUUGUAUUUUCUCUGUGGCCUGCCACCAAUGAUGGAACACUUCUCUUGCCAUCUAGAAACCUGUAAGGUCCCCAGAGAGCGCAUUAGUUUUGAAAAGUGGUGGUAG